CAACAAAGUCAGUCAGUAUCGAAAGAAUAUUGCUUGUUUUGAUUUUAUGUUUAAUCUCUAAAAUCUUUUAAAAAGUAUUAAGACAAGGUUUAUUUCUGUAAAUAAACAUGCCGAAAGUUCGCCGCAGUCGUAAAUCACCACCUGAGGGAUGGGAAUUGAUUGAACCUACACUUGAAGAACUUGAACAAAAAAUGCGAGAAGCGGAAACAGAACCUCACGAGGGUAAGAGAAAGCAGGAAUCACUGUGGCCAAUAUUCAAAAUACACCAUCAGAAGUCUAGAUACAUUUAUGACUUAUUUUAUAGACGUAAAGCUAUCAGUAGAGAGCUCUAUCAGUACUGUCUGGAUGAGAAAAUAGCUGAUGCUAACCUAAUUGCUAAAUGGAAGAAAACCGGCUAUGAGAAUCUUUGCUGCUUAAGAUGUAUACAAACAAGGGACACUAAUUUUGCUACUAACUGUAUAUGCAGAGUGCCAAAAAGCAAGCUGGAAGAAGGAAGAAUUGUAGAAUGUGUUCAUUGUGGUUGUCGAGGAUGCUCCGGGUAAUCAUAGGACAUAGUACUGUACAUUUUAAGUGUUUUCAUAAGCUACGUAUAUUAAAAUAUAUAU